AAACAAAAAACAGUGUCCAUUAGAGAGGUUACAGAGAGAGAGAGAGAUAUUUGGAGAGAGAAAGAGAAAGAGCGCGCGUUGUCGUUUUCAUUUUCUUGAGUUUUUAUUUUGGUGCCAAAUAUUUUAGAUUUUCCCUCUUCUUUCAAAUUUUUUCUCUUCACUUUUAAACCUUUUCAUCUUCCCUCUUCCUUUUCUUCUUCACAAAACCCUUUUUCGAUACCAAUUUCGCCACGUUUCUUUUCUUCUCAUAAUUUUAAAUCUAUAUUUUCGCUCGAGAAUCUCGCGUUUUCGAAGCUCUAUGCUUCUCGUUCUCUGAAUCAAGUCGUUUAUUAUUAUUUUUUAUAAAAUUUAUAGGGUAUUUUUACCGUUGUUUUGAAACCCUAAUUUGAAAGUUUGAUUCAAAAAUCAAUGUCUUGUUCAAAUUCUCUUUCAAUGGCAAGUUCACUUUCUGAAACCCUUGACGGUGAUGGACUGAGUCCUAUGUUGACUGAUCUUCACGGAGCUCCCGUUCAAUAUCCAGCCUCUUAUGAAAUAAUCAACCGCAAAUCGGCAUCUGUUUGGUCGGAGGCGUUGGAUCCUGGCUGUCAACCUCUGAAUUCGGCGAUGGCUUGUGAUGUGCCGCUGGACGAAUGGUUGCCAGAGGAUCAUCUCGAUGAUAGUUGGUUGUAUGGUGAUGAGCCCUCAAAGGAUGAGCUUUAUGCUUCUGAUUCUAAAGCUGCACCGUGGAUGAUUGGAGCUGGGCUUGCAAAUCUUGGGAACACUUGCUUUCUCAACUCAAUUACGCAAUGCUUCACGCAUACAGUGCCCCUAGUUGACGGUCUUCUUUCGUGCAGCCAUUCUUCUGAUGGUCAUAAUGGGUACUGUGUUUUUUGUGCUUUCCGCUGCCAGAUGCAACAUUCCUUGCAGUCUACUGGAACUGUUAUCUCACCUGUGAUACUUGUGGAUAAUUUGAGACAUUUUUCUUCUAUGUUUACAAAUCAUCAACAAGAGGAUGCACAUGAAUUUAUGCAGUGUGCAUUGGAUAAGCUUGAUUCAUGUUUUUUAAGUUUGAAGAAGAAUGAUCCAAGUUUUGAGGGUGAGAAUAUUGUAAACAAAGUUUUUGGAGGAAGUCUAGUUAGCAAGCUCCGAUGUUGUACCUGUGGCCACUCUUCUGACACGAAGGAGCCAUUGAUUGACUUGAGUUUAGAAAUAGAAAAUGUAGAUUCUCUGUCAAGUGCUUUAGAAUCUUUCACUAUGGUGGAAAACAUUGAUGAAAAGCUUAAAUGUGAGGGCUGCAAUGAAGAAGUUUCUAUGGAGAAACAGCUUGUGUUGAAUCAGACACCUUCUAUUGCUGCAUUCCAUUUAAAGAGGUUCAAGACAGAUGGGGUUUUUGUUGAAAAGAUCGACAAGCAUAUUGAUUUCCCAUUGGAGUUGGACUUGCAGCCUUACACCAUUUUGAAUGAAAUCAAUAAUGUACCAUUGAAAUAUGAUCUAUAUGCAGUUGUUGUGCAUAUUGGAUUUUCAUCUAACUCGGGGCAUUAUUUCUGCUUUGUUCGCACUGCUCCAGACACAUGGCAUAAGUUGGAUGAUUCAAAGGUUACUAAGGUAUCACAAAACACUGUGCUGUCUCAGGAAGCAUACAUAUUGUUUUACGCCCAACAGAAUACUCCUUGGUUUUCUGAGUUUUUAGAAUCUACAAUUCCAUCACUUGAUUUGAGUAGGAUGAAUACAUCUCCCAAGUCUGUUUUAGACAUCAGUGAUGGACAGGAUAAGUCAUUUCCAAUUAUAAAUCAAAAUGUCGAGAUGAAUGAGGCUGAGGACUCCAAAAAAAAAUCUGAAAAGAAGUUUGAUUAUUCUCGUCGACAAAGUCAUGAGUUGCUUAAAAUUGAUGAUGUUAUUGAUGCUUCUCCUCGCGGUGAACAAUUUCCUGCUGGGCCUUCAAAUCAGAAAACUCUUACUGUGAAAGGAUUGGAAGAUAUCAACUCCAAAGUUCAACCUUUGAAUAGUGUCAGCUUGACUGGUACUGCAAAGGCUGGUGGGAGUUCAUAUGCUAAUAACAGUGCUCAUGAUAAAAACAAAUCUCAUCAUAAUGUUAUGGAUUUCAUAGAGAAUGAUAUUUUCAAUUCUAUUACUCCUCCCGACACACCCCCUUCUCAGACUCCAGGUAAGAAUUUCCAGAUCUCACGCGAACAUGUAAAGACAGAGAAUCAUGGGAGCAGUAGCAGUAAAAGAUCAUCAUCAAAUAAGUCAAAUAAAUCAUCCGAUAGUCCUGGAAAAAAAGCUGCCAUCACUUAUCUUAAGAAGAUGCCUGGUUUAAGGAGAGGUGCAUUUUUGGACCUAGUUAAUGCUUGUCAUAACAAAACUUCUCCAAAGAACAAGAGAAAAAACACCUCGUUGCCGUCUGACAAAGGAAACAACAGUGCUCGCAAGAAAUCAAACCAUGCUUCUGUUGGCGGCUACCCUGUGGCAGCCGGAAUUUCACAAUAAAUAGUCUUUGGAUUUAGGCAUUUGGCUGUGUACUUAAUUUUUUAUAGUGAAAAUACCUUUAUCUGUGGUCUUUUUGCUAAAAAGUUAUCAACAACACCUUCGCCAAAUUGUAUAGUCACAACACUAACAUUGGUGAUGAGAAAAAGUAACUGUGGACAAGGAUGUACAUAGAAAGAUUUAAGGCAUAUUCCCAACUUCAAAUAAUGGUUAAAUUUUUAAUACUAUAGUUUAUCACAGAAAGAUUUUUA